GCCCUCUAGAAAAUGCGGAACCAUGUAUAUCAUCAAUUAGCUUGAAGCUUUUGCAGAAAAAAAAAAAAAAAAAAUGGCUUCAAGAUCACGGCCAUUAGCAUCGGAAUCUGCUUCAGCGCCGUCUCCGCCACCCAUGCCCUCAUUCAUCUUUCGUGGCCAUGAAGCACCCAUUCAUUCCCUUGAAUUCCUUGCCUCCAACACAUUUUUAGCUACAGGAGACGAAACAGGUUGGAUUUGUAUCUGGGAUAUUUGGAAGCGUCGACAAGUCUACAGGUGGCAUGGUCAUCCCGGAGCAUCUGUUCUUGCGUUAAAAGCUAUUCCUAUUCCUAUUCACAUUCAUUUUCACGGCAACACUACUACUACUACUACUACUACUACUACUACUACUACUACUACUACUACUACUACUACUACUACUACUACACAACGGGAGAGAUCUAAAAAGAAAUCACCGUUUCAAAAAGCCAAAAAUGAUUUUUAUGAACCAUUUUAUCUUGUGAGUCACGGUCGUGAUAAUGAGAUCCAUGUAUGGGAUAUCAAUACAAUAUUGCAACAAAGCAUCACAAGGGCAGGCGCAGAGCAUCGUCCAACUAUUCCAACGUUAACACCCACACCGGCACCGAAGCCAACAACACCACAUAGUACAGAUCGUCCCUUGUUCAGUUUACCUGUCAAUGCAUUGAACUUUUGUAAAAUGUCAAUUUUAGCUAUUGGUGUAACGGAUCCUGUACAAAUACAAUCACAAAAUGAUGAACAAAAGGCCAGCCACGAAGACCUUUCUUCUUCUUCGUCUUCGUCGGCAUUGUUACCAAAAACACAUCAACAUAUCUACAUUGCCAUUCCAUCACCAACGACUGCCACGUUGGUGGAUAUUUACGACAUUGUCAAACCUGAGAGGACAUUUGCAUCUGUUGGGGUUCAGACAAGCAGUAGCAGUAAUCCUAACGGUAUUCAUAUUGACAGUGAUAAGAAAUGGGGAUCAGCCAUGGCUAUUCAGUUGUUCCAGACUCCAUCAUUAGCUCCAGAACUGAUUUCAACAGCGGGAGUAAUUAAAGCCUCAAAAACCUUAAAGUUGCUUGUUGCAUAUGAGGAUGGGUCGGUAGUAUUGUAUCAAGAAGGAGCUGCUGCAGUAGAUGAAGUGGAACAGAAAAAGGACAAGAAGCACAAGAUGGAAGUCCUUUGGACGAUCAAGUGUCACCAAGAACCAAUCCUCGCAUUAGACGUGUCAAGCGAUCGGCAGUUUGCGGUUUCGUGUGGAUCUGAUAAUGUUCUGGUCAAGUAUGACCUUACAGCGAAUCGAGUGCAAGGGAUACCGGAAACUCAGCAGGUAGCUCUGAAAACAAAUGGUAUUUCAGACAUUCAUAUCAGAAGUGACAACAAGAUCCUAGGGCUCGCAGCUUGGGAUGGAAGGUAAAUGAUCAAAGAUGGAAAUUUGCCAGCGGAUUGGUUUAUACGAAUUAAUCAACCCUUUUAUUACCAUUACUGUUUGGUUGGUUGGUUGUCCA